GAUUAACAAAGUACCGCAAUUUUGAUCUCAACAAGAUAAGAUGGAGCAAAAACUGCUUGUAAAUCUUGAAAGAAAGCAAAAACUUAUGGAAUUACCGCAAAGUCAGACCAGAUCAAUGCAAAUAAAAUUAUCGCCAUUGGAAUGUGGUUGGACGAGUGUUACAAUAGAUGACAGAAGCAUUGAAUCAGAUCUUAUUGGAAAAGAUACAUUUGAAAGUUUUGAAACCUGGAUUUUGGAAAACAAAAUGAUAACUUGUAUGACUGGUAAUUUAGCACGUAAGACUAGAAUCAAUUCAUUUAUAGUAAUUGGGAAUGGAAAUGGAUUGGCUGGAUUUGCGUUAUCAAAAGCCAAAGCAUCCCUAAAGACGAUUAAAAAUAGAGCUGGUCAAAGAUUAAUGUAUAUUCCUACAUAUAAGGAACACACUGUGUCACAUGAUUUCUUUACACAGUUUGAGAAUAUAAAAAUAUUUGUAAAGAAAAUUCAUGAAGGAUAAUGGGCUUGUUUGUCACCAUGCGAUAAAAGCAUGUUGUGAGAUAAUUGGCAUAAAGGAUAUGUAUGCCAAAGUACAAGGAGGAAUGUAAAAGCAUUCUAAACUGUAUUGGUUUAUUGCAAUAGAAAUAUCAACAAUUUGCAGAUGAAAAAUGAUAGCAUUUAGUCAAAGUUAAAUCGGAAAAUGGGAAUUAUCCAGUAGUACUUGUUUCACCAGCGCAAAUCAGAAAACCAGAAGUACCGUCAAUGAGUCUCUCGAUUUUAUGCAGUAUGUAAUGGAUAAAAGAAUGGUGUUGAAAAAGAAGAAAUUACUGCCAUUCUUUACUAAACUUCCGUCUUACAAAAGAAAAUUGGAAUGUUGGAUUUGAACGAACGAGAAACUCCGAUGAAACGAAAAUACAAUUGUUAGCGAAAUAUGGAAAACUGCAUUUUCUGACAGAAAAAUAUCCAGAGGCACAAAUAUUUUAUAAAC